AGGAACUAAGCAAAGACCCCACCUUUCUCUCUCUCUCUCCCCUAUAUAUAAAUAAUCUUUCUCUGCUUUUACCUGAAAUCGUUUCGUCACGGAUCAUAAAGGGUUUGGAAGCAAAAGCAUGUCUUCUUAUUACAGAUUCCAAUCUGGGUUUUGUCCUCUUUCGCCGACUCCUUCGCUUGAGAGCUUCGUGGAACGGAUUAAAGACGCGUGUCACUUCCUCGUCUCCGUUGUUCUUGGUACCAUCAUCUCCGCCAUCUUGACCUUCUUCUUCGCUCUAGUGGGAACGUUGUUAGGAGCACUUACAGGAGCUUUGAUAGGCCAAGAAACAGAGAGUGGGUUCAUUAGAGGAGCAGCUAUUGGAGCCAUUUCUGGAGCUGUUUUCUCCAUCGAGGUCUUUGAAUCAUCCAUCGAUCUUUGGAGAUCAGAUGAGUCAUGUUUUGGAUGCCUUCUCUACUUGAUUGAUGUCAUUGUUAGUCUUCUAAGCGGGAGACUCGUAAGGGAGCGCAUAGGUCCUGCAAUGCUAAGUGCAGUGCAAAGUCAAAUGGGAGCUAUGGAUGCCUCCUAUGACGAUCUCUCUAGCCUAUUCGAGACAGGAGGCUCAAAAGGAUUAACGGGAGACCUGGUUGAGAAAAUCCCUAAGAUGACAAUCACUGGCAACAAUAACACAGAUGCUUCUGAGAACAGAGAAUCCUGUUCCGUUUGUCUUCAGGAUUUCCAACUUGGUGAAACAGUUAGAAACUUGCCUCAUUGUCAUCACAUGUUCCACUUACCUUGCAUAGACAAUUGGCUCCUCAGGCACGGUUCUUGUCCAAUGUGUAGACGUGACCUUUAAUUCUCUUUUCAUUGCCCUUCUUUCAUAAUCUAGUUUAACCGCACAGUUCGGAUAUGUCUACACAGCUCUUGUCCUCCUCUCAACUUUCAUGUAAAUUACACUUCUUUUUUUUACUUUUUACAGUUACCAUUUAUACCUCCUCAGAGUAUAGUAUACUACUAGCAGCCUAAUUUACUGCAGGAUGUAUCUUCUUAGUGUUAUCUUUACUCAGCAUAUAUAUAAAAGCAGUGGCGGCCCUGAGGGGAAGCUAUGGAAGCAUUAACUUCUGGCCCUCAAAUUUUAUUAAUAGAUUUCAGUCUUUU